GCGUCGCACCGUGUGUUCGCGCCGCGUGUCUCCUCUCUCUCUACCGCUUCUCUCUACGUUGCAUAAAGUUGACAGUUCGCGUUGACACCGAUUUUGCGCUCGGCGUCGAGCGCGCGAUGCCCCGCAAAGGCGAGAACGCCAGGGCGGCGGGCUAAAUCCGAUCGCGCGACUUUCGCGCGUCUCCAUUAUUCGACGUUUUUCGCUUUUUUUUUCCUUCUCGACAGACUGAUUAAAUUUCAUCUUGAUUCUGACGGCUCGGUGAGGGAAUCUCUCACAUUUUUUGUCUCGCGGUCAAUAAUAGGCCGGUGCGCCGAGAGGGUGUCGCGGGUUCGCGCGUUCGUUGGAUCGCUGCGAUUUUCGAGACGCUCCACCGCUCGCGCUUUCACGCGUCGCGGCCGUGCUGUCGAUAAAAAUCUUCAUAUCAAUGGAACGUUAUUCCGCGCUGUGAUCAAUCAGUCCGCGGGCAUCGACUGGAUCCUCCGGCGAACGAAUUGCGAGUCGUUUUCGCGCGACUUUAGGUCGCGUCACUUUUAGGAGUAAAUUAAAUUUUAGAAUUUCAAGUUCUCUCUCUGUUCAUCGACUCCGCGCAGACUUCGAAUGAGCGCAUUACUAACCGCCGUUGUCACCGUGCCGCAUCUGUGAGAGUGUACGAAGGAGAGUAAACGAGAACGUUUCCGACAACGUUGGUUUUUGCAUUAACGUAAAUCGCUUAGAAGCGAAACUUGGUCGGGCGUGCGGUUUUGCUGGCUGGUCCAUGCCACUGCGAGGAUGCUGGCGUGCGUCUAUCCGCGAGAAAACUUCGAGGUGAAAACCGUGGCGGUAAAGCUCCAUCAAGGGAAAUCCAAGAGGAAGUCUAAAUCCGUCCCGGUGAAGGAAAAACUUCCUUCGGCCGCCGCAGAGACGGAAUGCAACAACGGCGAGCGUGCAGUAAGCAGCGAGUUAGCAGUGGGCGGGGGUGGUGCUGUGCUGGUGCUCAGCGAGCUUGAAAGCAUGGCGGCCAGGCAACAGCGGGAAAUCGCUCAGCAAAGGCGCCUCCUGGAGCAGAAAGAGGCCCGCUUAGCCGUGCUUCGAGGCGCACAGGAGCCAGCACAGCAGGACAGACUCGCCAGAUUGAGGCACAAGCUGGACCAGCAACAGAGCAAGCUGAAUCGACUGCGAUUACUCAGAUCGCAGACGGACCAGUCGCGUGUCAACAAUGCGACAUUGACCUCCGAUCUGGACUGCAUUAGGGCCCUGUUCAACGAGAAGGAGAAGGAACUCUCGUUGGCCGUGGCGAAGGUCGAGGAGCUGACGCGGCAGCUGGAGGAACUCCGAGGUCGUCAGAAUGCCCCCGCCGGUGGUGGAAGCGCCGGCAGCAUCGGGGGCGGCCUCACAGGUGCUACCGGCAAUGGACAUUUGGUCACCCCGGCCAGCGCUGAACUGGAGAAACUCAGGAGGGAGCUUAUGUAUCGCAAUAAAAUGAACGAACAGCAAAACCAAGUGGUGUCCCAACAACGGCAGGCCUUGGCGCAACGGCAGGCUGAGAUGGCGUCGAUAGACGCGCGAAUAGCUCAACUCCAGAGUCGUCUCCAGCGCAAGAGAGCGUUGAAUCAACGAUUGACGCAUCAGGUGGGUCCUAACGGCGGCGGCGGCGUUAACAACACAGGAUUCCCGGACACGAAGCUCGACGGUUUCAACAACGGCGGUAAGCUGAGACCGGCCGGCAACAUCGCCGCGAUCGAGCCGUAUUCGCACAUACCGAACGACAACGAUUUCAAUCUGAACAAAAACGACCCCAAGUACCAGACACUGCCAUACAACACCAAGUUCACGAUGAACUUCAAGGCUAUAGAAGACGACGUGAACAAAAAUAAAAUACAACACUCGGCGAGCGCCUCUCAGUUGGGACAGCGGCCGACCUUUCAGCAAUACGGGCACCAAAUCGUUCACAGCCAGUCGCAAUCGCACAUUCAGGGGCAAUCUCAAUUACUAGGAAGCAAUCAACAGCAACAGCAGCACAAUCAAAAUCUCGGCACUCAACCUACCACGAUUCAAUCGAGUUGCAACUACAAUAACAAUAACAACAACAAUAACAACAGCAACAAUCUCAUCUGUAACACUGCGCACAGCUUCAGCCCGGACAAUCUUCGUCUUCACCAAAGCCAUCAGCACCAACAGCAAUCGCAGACGCAGCAGCAGCAACAACAGCAUCAGAAUGGCAAUCUCCAACAGAAGCAACACAACGUGACCGGCAUUGGCGGCACAUCGACAACGUCGAAUCUCAUCGGUGUUACCGUUCCGUCGAUCGUGCAAACGACGCAGAAUCAGCAUCGAAAUCUGCAGCAGACCGUAGGUGGUCAUCAGAAACCGGUGUCGAGCGUGGCGCCAAGUUUUUCAGUCAAGUCGCAGAUCUAUCAGACCUCCUCAACCAAGAUCCAUCCGGUUAUGCCGCAGACAUUGAGCCUGCUGGGUCGCGGACAUAACAACGCGGCGCAAAACUACAUCGGCAAUAAUCAACAAUUAGCGGCGGCAAGUACGCAGUUGCAAUCCAACGUUGGGAAUCAGGAAGCGAAUUACAGGCAUGGUUACCCCGUCCAACAGCAGCAGCAACAACAGCAGCAAUAUCCAAAUCAGAUGACGAGCGUUCAUGCAUCUUCUCCGGCGGCCGUCUAUCAGAUUCAGAGUUCGUCGAAUCUCGUCGGUCUUCAUGGCACUGCCACCACCGCGACGACCUUCGGCAAUUCAUCUCAGAAGUAUAACCAAUCGUCGCAGGUGUUGAGUUCUAAUGAUCUCGCGCAAAGCCAGGAUCAAAUAUUGAACAAUCAGAAAGCCAAAUUCGAACCAAGUAAGAGUCAGGAUAAGUUUGAACAUACAUUACUGCCCAGCAAUAAACAUGAACAGCAACAGAUUAGGUAUGAUCAAAAUACGGGCAAGUACGAAAUUCAACAACAAAGCAGCAAGCACGAUCCAAUCGGAGGUCAGGCGAAACAUGAUCAGCACCUGCACAAUGUUAAAUACGAGCCUGGUUGUCAGAAUUCGCAACAGUAUACCAAACACGAGCAACAGCACGAAGGAAGAUUGUCGAACAAGUACGAUCACAAUCCAACAUUCAAGCACGAUCCUUCGAGUGCUGCCAGUCAGUAUAAACCGGAGUAUAAGUCUGAGUCGAACAAGUACGAGAGCAGCGGCCAGAGCAAAUUCGAGAUGGUGUCGGCCAAAUAUGAACCAAAUCCCGCGACGAAACAUGCGGGCGAUCAUGUGGCCGCCAAGUUCGAAACCCCCGCGAAAACACCGGACAGGCCGUUCGAAUUCGACAGGCCGGUGUCGAAGAGCAGCGACAGCGAGAGAAAGAAUUUCAAUGAGCCGCGAAUAGAAGACAAGACAAAACCCGCAUUGCCGCCGAAACCGAGCAAACCGAAUCCGCCACCAAGAUUGACUCAUCAUGAGAAAAUUGACGUGCCGUCGUCCGAAGGGAUCAACGAGUGCAAGAUGACUAAUGCAAAUCUUAAUUCAAGGUCGGAUAAGGACGAGGAUAUUCCGCCGAUUCCUACAUCGGAACCGCCUGAAUCUCCCACGGAGACCCAGCUGGCCAAUCAUCAGAUUAUCAAGGCUCGGCCGUUGACGCUGAAGAAAGUACCGAUAUCGGAGCAACCGAAGCUGAGAUACGCCAAAUCCAAUGUUCACGUGUCGAUAAAUCGGCGAAUUGAGAUGCCCCCGGCCUUCCUGUUUCCGGAGACAGAAAUCCCGGCGGAUCUCAUGCAGACUGAACAACAACAGCAGCAACAUCAACAGCAAGUCAUCGACACUACGGACAAUUGCAAAAACAUUAUCAGCGACGAUAUCGGCGACGGCGAGAGGCUGGAGGAAGCGGACAUCAUUGACGCUCUGAAUGUCAUCAAUAUAGAAGACAAGCCGACGAAGAUGAAGACUGACUCGGAAUUGACCGGGGGAAUCGGGGGCGAAACGGAGGUAGACGGAGGCAAGAUAUCAGAGGUAAUGAGGAGGAAGAAGGGAAAUCUCAAGUCGUCGAGUACGGGGGGCGGAGGUGGCAAGGUCAAUCUGUCCAGGCGGGUGUCGUUUGACCCACUGGCGCUGCUACUCGACGCUAGUCUCGAGGGAGAACUCGAGCUCGUAAAGAAAACCGCGAAAGAGGUCGCCAAUCCGAGCUCCGCCAACGACGAAGGCAUUACCGCCUUACACAAUGCUAUAUGCGCCGGUCACCUUGAGAUCGUCAAAUUUCUCGUAGAAUUCGGCUGCGAUGUCAAUGCCCAGGACAGCGACGGAUGGACGCCGUUACACUGCGCCGCCAGUUGCAACAAUCUGUCCAUGGUGAGAUUCUUGGUCGAACACGGUGCCUGCAUUUUCGCGACCACCCUUUCGGAUCAUGAGACCGCCGCGGAAAAGUGCGAAGAGGACGAGGAAGGAUUCGACGGAUGUUCGGAGUACUUGUACAGUGUCCAAGAAAAAUUGGGGAUAAUGAAUAACGGUCAAGUAUACGCGGUUUUCGAUUAUGAGGCGCAACACGCUGACGAACUCUCGCUGAAGAACGGCGACUCCGUAGUCGUACUUCGGAAGGGGGAUGAUAAUGAACGAGAAUGGUGGUGGAGCAAACUCGGACAUAAAGAAGGCUAUGUACCUCGAAAUUUAUUGGGGUUAUAUCCCAGAGUGCAGCCAGCGAAAGCGGUUGAUUAAAAAUGCUCGCAGAAUAUCCGAUGAUUACCACAGUAUUCGAUUUGCAGCUUUAUCUCGUUAAUUGUUAUAACACGAUACAUAGGCACAUUAGUAGCGUUAUUUAAUAGUAUUGCCAUCCGAGCGAAUACGGAUAUCACGAAGCGGGAAUCUACCCAAUUUUUUAACAGUGUAGUAAUCUUUUAAUUACAGCGUAUGUCAGUUUUUCUUAUAGUUUAUAAAAUGAGAUUGCGUCAUCGUGGAUUUUAAAUCGGCGGACGGCUACGAUUUGCCGUAAAUUCGCGAGCUGAAACGGAUUAUGCAGACACACGUCACCCGUAAUUAUUGACGAUACAUAAAACAUGGCAAUGCAUUUCUUUAAUGACUCUUUCUCUUCUCACGUUUUACAUAUGACAAACGUUUUAAUAACGGAUUGCACAAUUGGCCGGAUGUCUUAUCGGAUUUUAUGGCAUUCGUCACAAUUUGUAGCUGCAUUACACAUUCUCAACUCAACUUUCUGUUUGAAAGUUUAGUUAAGAAUUGAGAGAUGUCUCAUGUCUCUUAUUCACUCGUAAACCAUCAAAUUGUUUUCAUAGCGACAUGUUUUUAACGUGCAUUAUUCGGAUAUUGUGUGAUUUAUUUUGAAAAAUUAAUUUUAUUUGAUUGUUUUCUGGGAUUGGCAAAAGUGCGCGCUUAGCUUUAAUCCUUGUGAAAUUUCGAGAUAAUUUUUGUUAACAAGGGUUUCCUGCCCCGUAGUAAGUUAAGUUUUAGAUACGCAAAAAAAUUAUGGAAUAUUACUCGUUGUUUAAUGUAAAGUGUAUUUUACUUUCGUUUUUGUACCUGUACAAAAUUUCAAUUUAAGACUUAGUUUUUAAGAUAUCGAAUGUCCGAAUUUGAUAAGUUGUUGGAAAAAAGUAAUCGCGCGCGAUACUUUUCUUAAGAACGAUUGUUUCGAAAUUUCACAAAUGCUGUAUGUCCAUUUUUUUUUUACUGAUUUUGAAUCAUUCUGUGAUUUUACGCACGAGCAUUGGUUUUACGAGUUUUAUCGCUUUAAUUUGCUUCACCUAAAUGUUCAAGUUUAGAUGAGGUCAGAUUAUGUUUAUUUGCGCAGGAUAUUUUGAUUUAUAUAUUGUCGCGGAUUUCGCUUUCGAUCUUCGACCUUUUUUUUUUUUAAAGCUGUUCCUAAACGACGCGUAACGUAAUCUUGCCGAUAUGCACGAUGAACGAUACGAGAUAGCGUUUCAAACGACGAUGUGCAAUCAUAUUGAAAAACGUAAAUAGGGUACUAAAGAAAUAUCGAGGACACGUCUCGAUUACGCCCAACCGUACUGUUUCGAUAAUGCCUGAAAUGUCAUAUAAUACUUAGAUGGGCAUGUACAAGACGUCGAUCGUAAUGAUCGUCACUCGAUUGAAUAGACCGCUAUCAGGAAUUUUCUAAGCACCAUCGCUAUUGUGCCCUUGUAAUAGAUAUGUACAGGUGUAUCAUAUACGCGAAUGCGAGCCGCUUAGAGGAUUUCUGACUGCUUGUCAAGCGACAUAUGUGCCUUUCAAAAGUAAUAAUGGAUAUAUUAUAUAAGAAAAUACGAUAUAUUAUGACGAAUAAAUUGUUUUUAAUAAAAAAAAUACAAUUUUCGCGUUAGUCCAUUCCCUAUCAGGCGGAUUAUGAUAAAUGCGUUAGAAUUACGCUAUAAAUACAUAGUAACGCUAAUUACAACUACAUUCGUCGUGUAAAAAAAUACUCUCGCAAUAUAUAAAAAUAUUCGGCGAUACAAUGCUUUCGGAUACCUUAAAUAUAUUAAGUUAUAAUAAAUAGAGAAAGACUGCUGUACAAUACAAUGUAAAAUAGUGCUCGGUUACUUAACAUAGAAACAUGUCUUUGAUUCUAUAUAGUAUAUACAACCAGAUUAUACAUCUUUGUUUCAGUGAAUUUGUUUUAUGUGAAAGAAAUAAUUUAUAUAAAAAAGCUAAAAUACAUGCUAAAAUGCAUAUACGAACAAUUCUACAACAAAAUUAUGAUAUCAUUUAUGCAAAUGUUAUCCCGACAAAAUGUAAUUUCAAGUUAUUCUUAUUUACAUUCCAACAAAUCUUAUCAAUUAACAAAAUUAUUUCCUUAAAGAUUUCUAUUGAGCAUCGACUAAUUCUUGAAUAGCAAUCUUUACCCGCUUCCUUCUUUAUUAUAUACCCUCAAUAAAAUACUUUCCCACUAGAAAAUGCAAUUUGUACUUGUUUUCUGUACUUUAAAACUGUAACAAUUAUCGAAAAGUUAAAAAAUCUCUUUUAUUCAUGAGUUAAUAUAAAUUAUCGGUAGUUUAAAGUAGAAAUGUUUUAAAGUGAAUAUAUCAAGACAUGUUUUGUAUCAGCCAGCGUCAAAAAGUAAACAAUAUAUAUUAAUAAAAUUUCAUAUAUAUUAUCCACGCGUCUGUAUACGUAAGCGCAGUCGUUGACUGGAUAAAUAUAUA